CACCCAGGACACACGCACACACACGCGAUCUGGGGCCUUAAAGAGAGAAACGCUAUGUCUGGGACUAAGAAACUCCAAAACACUGACGAAUGGCGUCUGAAACUACGCCAGAUUCUCAUGACAGAGCGCUUGCCGCCGAAACCCGUGAAGAUGGACGAAUCGAAGGGAAUGCGUUUCAGUCUGGUGCUCGAUGAGGAUCUCAAGGGAAAAGCGAAGAAAUUGCCGUCUCUCCAUUCCGGCAGUCAAAAGACCUUCAGUCUCAGCGAGGAUACCAUGUACGAGGCAGCCUCCUUGGGGGAUUUGGACGCCGGUGAUGAUAGCUUCAGUGCCUUCGAGCGAAUGUGCGAUAAGACGGGCUCCGAUCCGGACAGCACUCUGUUUCAGUACCUGCACAGCGAGGAGCGAAGCCAGUUGAUGUCCAGGACCAAGGAUCGCAGCACCGAUGAUCAGAAGGAGAUCGAUGCACUGCGUCGCAUGCUCGAGGCGGUGGGCACCGAUGACGGCGACGACCUGCUGGAGAACGAGAGUCCCGUCAAGGGUGUGGAGUGCACCCAGUUGGAGGAUGUUGAAGCACCCUCUCGUUUCUGGGACAACACUAUGGCCGUGAUCGAUGAGUCUGCCUCUGGCUCAGGAUUGGAGCAAAAGGCCAGGGUUUCGCCUGUUAAAAUGGUGGGACUGCUCCGUCCCUCCACCAUCAUCGAGGACAAUGAACUGGAGUCCGAUGUUUCAUCCCACAUGAGCUUCCAAAGCGCUCGCACACUGAAGACGAAUGCCUCCAGUUGUUACGAAACAGCCACGGAUAGUUCUCUAAGCGGAACCCUCCUGAACGUCGAUGAUCGGUUCUAUGCGGCAAUUGCCAAGGCCAAGCCACCGGGAAUGUCGAAGGGAGAAGAACUAGAGCUUCUGAGCGAUCUUCAUGGGAGUCUACGUGAGCUGGCUUCGCUUUCAAAGGAGAAAGAGCAGGUGGAAGAGGACGAGGAGCAGUUGGAUGAUGUAGAGGAUACUAUAAUAGAGCUAUCCUCCUCCGACGAUGAGGAGGUGCAGCUUGUAUCGGAGGUGAAACUAGAAGACACCUCUCGUGUGUCAUCAGUCCACCCGAAAGAUCAAAAUCAACCGGAAAAGGCGGACGAGAGUCUUGAGAACAAGGAAAACUCGUUGCAUUUCAAUGAUACCAUGGAGGAGAUGCAAUACAUGAUGCAAAAGGGCAUGGAGUACAUGUCCGGUGGAGCUUCAUCAUCUGUUGCCGCCAAACCUAAAAGCCCAGUGCUGGCCAAACAGAAUACGUUUGUGAUUUCACCGAAGCAAAAGCCAAAAUCGCCGGCUGUCUUGCAGCCAUCUUUACCACUGCGCGUCUCAAACAAGCCGCAAACUGUGGCAGCUUCGCCCAGCAAGGGCAAACAGCCACCCAAGGUCGAUCUCAGCAUGGAGUGGACCAGGAAGAAGUUCUUUGGUGCCAACUCGGGCAUUCCACAACGUCGCCAGAUGCAGAUAAAGCAGCCCUACGCCAACAUUGUCAGUCCCAUUCGCGCGUACACCCAGAAAUCUGGCACUGCUCCGCUGAUGUCCACCAUCCGUCCAACCAACACUGAUAUGCUAUCCACCCUGGCCAUCUGUGAGCUGGAACAGGAGUCCCGUUUGUGUCAGCGGAAGCUGGAUUUCACCGAGAAGGCGGGAACAUUCAAGGCGGGUGAAUCGGAGUGGCUAGGGAUUAAAAGCAUCGAUUCCACUGCUCAUCUGCUUCCCAAAAAGGCAUACAUAUCCUCGGAGAUAAAGCAUGUGGUGGAUGAGCGUACUCCUGUGCCCAUGCCCAAGGUCCCGAAGAUUCAGAAAUAUCUUAACUCGGCCGUGGAACCCACUGUCCUGCGUCACGAUGGCAAAAUGAAAAUGGCCGGCGAGGCCACGCGCAAUCCGUCCUCAUCGCACAUCCCACGUCGCGCCAAUCAGAGCCUGGCUGAUCUGUCGCUCGCCUCAGGGGAUGUGUCCUUGUACACGAUAAGAGAUGCCCAGAAAUUUUAAAGGCCCAUUAAAAAUAAUCCCACUCUCUUAGCGUUAAUAUUGCAACGAUAAUAAAUGUAUUGUAUAAUUAGUGCUAGUAAA